CUGCUUAUUCUCAUUUUUACACAAUAAAACCUGGUGCCGGACCCCAGUUAGAGUCUGGGCCGGCAUAAGAGAGGUUCCGGAGGGAUUCGGCCCUGAUUUGGCUGCAGUAAAGAGCUUUGUGUUGCAGUAAUGUUCCCACUUUCUCUUAAAGUGGCGUUGUUUAUGAGGCGGUCCACCCUGCUGAGCGCCUCCUGCAGCGAGCGCAGGAUCCUGGACCAAUCUCCCUCUAAGCCGCAUAUUUCCACCUCAUAUAGCAGCCGAACCAUAAAACUCUGGUAUAGAACCCGGAUUGCUGCUACAUUGGCUGCAGAGCGCAGCUCCGGCCUGAAUAAUCUAGAAAACAUUAAAAUAAGAAGUUUCUUAAUUAAGAUCUUUAGUCCAGAAUCCAGCCGAAAGGCGACAGAAACGGCUGUUUUAUGGAGCAAACAGAUUAAUUCUAGUUUUAAUAAUGAAUAUAGACAUGCUAGAGAUGGGAGGAACCAGAACAUGCCGAACUGGGCCGGCUCCAUCCGUGGGGAUGCAGAAGUGACCUUUAGAGGACAGGACCAGUAGGAGUCAGCACGGCUCAGCCAAUCACAGACAGGCUGCUCAUGAAAACAGGAAGUGCAUUGAAGAGGGUAUUAAUAAUAAUGGAGCUAAUGAUGCUGGAGCCGCUGGUUUACUGGGUCUGGUUCGGGUUUCAGUAGACGGGUCAGAACCUCAUGACCCGGUUGAUGAGUCUGACCCAGAAUUCCUGAAUUUGGUAUUCACUAACGGUUCAUAAUGACGUCAUUUCCUCCUGACAUGCCGCGCCUCUGGUGAACAGUUCUAAACCCGGUGCUGUCUGGACCCGUUCCUGUUGCCGUCUGUUCCACCAGAACCGUCAUCUGAGGUUUAAACGGGUCACAGCCAGUUGGACCCAGUUACGGUUCUGAUCAUUUUCCAGUUUUUCUGCCAUCACAGUUCAGCUUUGAGGAUUUCCUCCCCAGAAUGUUCAUCUUAGAGUGUGCUGGUUCUGACCCGGUGAAAUAUGCAGAACCUGCAGCUCCUAGGCGCAUCCCUGAUCCGCCCGACCCGGAUCAAACGACUGACCCGUUACCGGGCCUCUACAGAACCUCAUGAGUCUCUGAGGAGGAGGUUCAGACAGAGGGUCACAUCUAGAUCUCGUAGAGCGUGGUUCUGGAGGACUGGACCCGGACACCCUGGGUCAGCGUGACCCGUAGAGCCACAGCUGGGUUCUGGUGGCCCGUUUCCUAAUGGAGAGUGACUCUGGGUGGAGUGAGACGCGGAGGAGUGAGGGUUCUGGAAGCAGAACCGGCACCAGCUGGCUGGAGAGACGAGGAGAACCGGACCAAGGCGUGAGAACCGGAGCUCUGGGCCGGGUGAGUAGAACGUUUCGGUUGUUCCGUCGUGUCUGGAUGUCAGCAGCUCUCUGGGUCACCACCAUGAUGUUUGCUUUCACUUCCAGGUCAGCUGGAGGCCCUGUGUGACCUUUGACCUCAGGUGUCUCAGGUCUGGAGCCCCGCCCCCUCGGCGCUGUCCUCCCUGCCGUCUCGUCAGCGAUUGGCUGCAGGAGCCGGCCCCUGAUUGGCCGGAGGGGAGGAGGGAGGAGCUAUGCAGCGAUUGAUCAGGAUCAGGACAGAGAGGAGGAGCCGAGUGCGUAAAUCCACGAUGAGCCGGUUCUGCUGCAGACAACAAGUGUUCAGAGAGGAAGAGGAGGACAAACAGGACGAGGAAGACGAGGAAGACGAGUGACACGCAGAGGAAAGAGGAAGGGGUUACCACGGCAACACAGGAGCCGCCGCAGCGGCAGGACAGAGGACACUCAGGUCUCAGAACCGUAGAACCCAUGGAGGACCGACCCGGCGCUCUAACCGACAACCUCCAGAAAGCUCAGAGUUCUGCUGGUGAGACGGAGGCCCGGCGGACCUCUGCGUGCUGCACAUAAGCUCAGGUUCUGAAAGGGGCGGCCAUGUCUCAGCCAGGUAAAGUUCUGCACCUCAUCGUGGAGGUCCGGUCUGUUUCCGAGGAGGACGAGAAGGUUCUGGGCGGAGGGACCGGCCCGUUGAUGCUGCAGUGUCCAGAGACGGCCUCCCACAGGAGCUCCGCCCAGUCCAGUCCGACCCGGAGUCCAGAACUGUCCCCGGUACCGCCUCGCUCAGCCGGCGGAAGCCACGGCUCGCUCUCCUCCAGGUCUCCUUCCCGGCAUUCAGUCAGCUUCCAGCUCCAACACCCUCAGUCCUCCCGGCCCGCGACCCGGUUCCAGCACCAGGAGGCCCGGUUCCAGCAGCAGGAGGCCCGGUUCCAGCAGCAGGAGGCCCGGUUCCAGCAGCCGGAGGCCCGGUUCCAGCAGCAGGAGGCCCGGUUCCAGCAGCAGGAGGCCCGGUUCCAGCAGCAGGAGGCCCGGUUCCAGCACCCGGAGGCCCGGUUCCAGCAGCAGGAGACUUCAGAGGACGGCUUUGGCCACCUGCUGGCGCUGCUAGCACCCCCCAAAGCCAGCACCGGCCCCCCCGGCCCCCCUGGCUGCAGCCCUGACCCGGGUCCCUGCUGGGGGAAGGGGGCCCCCCGGUCGCCUCCGUCCCCCCACUGGCUGACGGUGCCCCCCCCCUGCAGCAGCCACCCCAGGUCCUGGGAGGUCCCAGAGACGGUGGAGGACGACGGACGGACGUCUCUGGUGUCCUUCGGGUUCAUAGAGAAAGGCAGCGUGGCACUGCCGGCCGGCGGCGUCCACCGCCCUGACGGCUACCUCGGCGGGGCGGGGAGAAGGAUGAGCGAUGCGGCGUGGUGCGGCGCCAGCACCCCAGGCCCCCCCCGGUCCUCGUGGGGGGGGCCGUACUUGUCCAAGGCAGCCACGGACACGGUUGCCAGGCACGCCACCCACAGGGCUUUGGAGGAGUUUGGAUCUCCAGAACUGAGGCGCCGGUUUGCAGGUCCGUCAGAGAACCACAGUCCGUCUCUGCCGCGGGGUUCUCCGGCUCCUCGCUGCCGGUCCUGGGGCGGCUCGCCCGUCCUGCCCCGCAGUACUCGCACCCUGCCGUCCAGAACCGAGCUCCUGGACCUGGACAGGAGGUGUUGCCACGGAUCAGUGAACGGAUUACCCAGAAGCCCUGCAUCAAACCGCCUGUGUGCCGCUGACCCGUUCUCCUCGGCGGCGCCGGCCUCGGCACCCGGACCCCCCCGUCCUGCUCAAAGCCCCCCGAGGGCCUGGGCCCCCGACGGUCACCAGGGGUCCAGUCCGUUUCAGCCGCCUCUCCCUGCAGGAAGACCCACAGACAUUCAGCACGACGUCCCAAAGACCGGGCCCCCGACCGGCACCGCCCUCCAUGGCGUUAAUACCAGGUGGUCCGGUAAGACCCCCGGCGCCGGGCACCGUGCAACAGAACCCGGGAGCUUCAGUGAGUUCUCAGACAGCCGGAGUCCGUACCAUGCGGGCCGCUGCGGCAGCAGAACCAGUGAGGCCAACAGUCCCCUGAGCGACCGGAGGAGCAUCUCCCCGUACUCCAUCGCUGAUCUGGACUCUAAGGCAGAAUCUGACAGAACCUCAGCCGGUUCUGCUGACAGACGGUACAAGUGGACUCCGUCUCCAACUCCCUCUGAAGUCGACUCGCUGAGGUCCGAGAGUCCCAAAUAUUCAGGGACCAAAGAGUCUGUCUGGCGCCCCAUGUGUGAGGCGGAGAACCAGAACCAGAACCGGAGAACAGAACCCCUGGGCCCGCAGACUAAACCAGGACGCAUUUCUCCUGCGGGGACUUCUGCCUCCGGGUCACCGGUGCUGGAUCCCAGACUGAACCGGACCUCCUCACCGUCUGGAGACGGGUCCAGUUUCCACGGCUCCCAGCCGGCCCGGCGCCACCAGGCGGCGGUUCUGGACCAGAGGCAGAGGCGCUCCCCCCCUGUGGACGGACAGGAACCCGUCCUCCAGGCACCUGCUGGAGGUCCGGGUCAGAACCGCCGGCGCUGCAGCAGGAAGGAGGUCCAAGGAGUCCAGAAGCAGCUGGCCCAGGAGUGCCAGUCGCUGGUUCUGGGGCGGUCCAGGUCUCCCACAGGGGCCCGGGGCCCCAGCGGGGGGGCAGGGUCCUCCAGCUCCAGCGGGGUCACAGGCAGCCUGGGGGACGGCUGGUCCCCCGAGGCCUCGACCCGGUCCAGCCACGGCGCCGGUUCUGGGACGCAGCCGGACCGGGCCUCACCGGACCGGGCCUCACCAGACCGGGCCUCACCGGACCGGGCCUCUCUGGACCGGGCCUCACCGUCCGACCCGUCUUCUCGCUCGCAGAAGAUCGCCCGAGCAAAGUGGGAGUUCCUGUUCGGAGGCCCGGCGGACCCGGGUCAUCGCAGCGCAGACGCCUCGUCCACAACGCCGCCGACCAGCUGCUCGCCCAGCCCCACCCCUCCCCCUUCCCUGCGCCUGCAGCCGUCCAAUCAGAGGAGGGGGCGGGGCCACCGGGACCAGAGGCUCUCGCAUCACGAGGUGCGGCAGGUGGAGGUGGAGCUGGUCGCCCCGCGCCCCAGAGGCCCCGCCCCCAGCACUGGUGUCAUCCGGCGCUCCAUCAAGUACUCUGAGACGGACCUGGACGCCGUGCCGCUGCGCUGCUACAGGGAGACGGACCUGGACGAGGUGAUGCGAGCGGAGGCGGAGGCCGGCGAGGAGGACUCAGCCUUCAGCAGCCAGCGCAGCGCUCUGGGGAAGUCCUGCUUCAGCCCCGAGGACGUCUGCAGGCCCGGUUCUGGAGGACGGAGAGAGGAGAAUGGACGGGAGGAGGAAGAGGAGGAGGAGGAAGAGGAGGAGGAGCAGGAGGAGGUGGCCAGCUGGGCCAGCGUCAGGAUGCAGGGGGACCGGCAGAGACAGAGAGCCGCCAAGGAGGAAGAGGAGGUGUUCAGUCUGCUGCUGAAGGGAACCUUGGACCCGGCCCACGGCGGGCUGAAGUCUCCGGUACCGGUGGGCGGGCCGCGGCGGCCGUCUGAGAGCCAGCUGGACUCGUUCAGCCGGCACUUUGAGAGCAUCAUGGAGUCUCACCGGGCCAAGGGGACGUCCUACAGCAGCCUGGACAGCGUGGACCUGCUCACCUCCGGCUCCACCUCCGUCUUCACCUUUGAUCUGCCCACCCUCACCCCGGAGAUCCAGAGCCAGAUCUGCGAGAGCGCCAAGCAGAUCCUGGAGCUCAGCUUCGCGCCGCUGGCCCGGUCCGACUCCUGCGGCCGGCCCGAGACGACCCGGUCCGAGACGGCCCUCGGCGCCGCGGGGGCCGGGCCCCGCCAGGGGUCCCGGGACGACUGCGGGCCCCCGGGCCGGUCCCGGUCCGAGAAGGAGUCGUGGCGGCGCCCCGUCGUCACGGACGGUUUCCGAAAGGCGAGCUCGGUGCCGGCGCUGCACAGCAGGGAGCGUCCUGGGAACCGGCCUCCUGACCCGCAGCCCGACGUCGCAGAACGUCUGGCGCCGGCCGGCAGCGCCGAGGUUCUGACCAACGGCCUGAAACCGGACCUGCAGGCCGCCAAGCGCCUCGCCAAGCGCCUCUACAACCUGGACGGCUUCAGGAAGUCAGACGUGGCUCGGCACCUGAGCAAGAAUAACGACUUCAGCCAGAUGGUGGCGCAGGAAUAUCUCGACUGUUUUAACUUCAGCGGUAUGAACCUCGACCAGGCACUAAGGAUGUUUCUGACCCAGUUUGCUCUGAUGGGAGAAACUCAAGAGAGAGAGAGAGUCCUCGCUCAUUUCUCCAGGAGAUACCGACAGUGUAAUCCUGAGAGUCUGUCUACUGAAGACAGCGUCCACACCCUGACCUGCGCCGUCAUGCUGCUCAACACAGACCUUCAUGGAAAUAAUGUGGGGAAGAGGAUGUCCUGCAGUCAGUUCAUCUCCAACCUGGAGGGACUCAAUGAUGGAAAAGACUUCCCUAAAGAUCUGCUCAAGACCCUGUACAGCUCCAUCAAGAACGAGAAGCUGCAGUGGACCAUUGAUGAAGAGGAGCUGAGGAAGUCGGUGUCGGAGCUGGCCGACGUGCGCACAGACUCCGCCUCCCACACCAUGCGGCGCGUCGCCAGUGGUCAGAACCCGCUGGUGGGCGUGGCCCAGCAGGCCGACGGCGAGCCGUAUAAGAGCGGCUUCCUGGUGCGGAAGGUCCACGCCGACCCCGACGGGAAGAGAACUCCACGGGGGAAGAGGGGCUGGAAGACCUUCUACGCCCUGCUGAAGGGCCUGGUCCUCUACCUGCAGAAGGACGAGUACCGGGCGGAGCGGGAGCUGACGGAGGAGGACGUGAAGAACGCCGUGUCCAUCCAUCACUCCCUGGCCAUGAGGGCGGCGGACUACAGCAAGAGGCCCAACGUGUUCUACCUGAGGACGGCCGACUGGAGGGUCUUCCUCUUCCAGGCGCAGAACAGCGAGCAGAUGCAGUCCUGGAUCACUCGCAUCAACGUGGUGGCGGCCAUGUUGUCGGCGCCUCCGUUCCCAGCGGCCAUCGGCUCCCAGAAGCGCUUCAGUCGGCCUCUGCUGCCGGGUUCCGGGACCAAGCUGACUCAGGAGGAGCAGCUCAAAUCCCACGAGAACCGCUUCCGGGCGGUUUCCUCCGAGCUGGCCGAGCUCACGGCCGCCACGCCCGACCGGAAGGUCAAAGGUCGCGAGCUGGAGGAGCAGAAGCUGCGCAAAGAGUACCUGGAGUUUGAGAAGACGCGCUACGGGACCUACGCCAUGCUGCUUCGGGCCAAGAUGGCGGACGGAGACGAGGACCUGGCGGCCUUCGAGGCGCGGCUGUACAGCGACGGCGGCCUGCAGAGGGCGCACUCCAGCCCCUCGCUGCCUCUGGACGCCGCCGGCAAGGAGAAGAGCCGCGGCGCCAAGACCUCCAAGAGCCUGAAGGUCACGUCCUCCUCUUCCUCUGCGCCGAAGAGCGGCGUGAAGGAGGCGGCGGGGAGCAGGAGCGGCGGCGGGAACGGCCAGAGGGCGGAGCUUCAGAAGCAGAGCAGCCGGCAGGAGGAGGCGGCGUAACGUUCAAACGCCAUCAGAGAAAACGCCGAGGCGCUUUCCCUGCAGAUGAGGCGUUCAAGGUCAGCGGGAAAGGAGACGCUCAGCCGGGAGCCGUCACCAUCAAAGCUUCAUUUCCUGUUUCAGGGCCAGACGUGCAACGUUCAGGGUCCCAAACGCAUCGUAGGAAUUUUCAUUUCCAUCCUCUGAGACGCACAAAGUGAGACAAACAGGAAGCAAAGCUCCCCGGCGCCGCCUGGCGGUUCUGAUGGAACCUGAUGGAGGUACGGAGGCCCGCUGGGGACAAAAAGCAUUCUUAGGUUCUGCAGGUCAGUCAAACUGCUGCAGAACCACAGACUCCUUGGUUCUGGAUCAGAUCCGGACUCUUCAGUUUGGACCAAAUAACAGAACCUGGUUCUGCAUCUCCAGGUUCCACAUUUCCUCUAAAUCCAUUCAGGAGAGAAUCUGGAGUUCUGACGGACCCUCAAAGAUCCUCUCUGCUGCCAGACGUGUCACUCUGUCCUUUUUUCCUGUAGACUUUGUGUAACGUGUUUGAUCGGAUCGGGUCGCAGGCGGUUCUGGAAACCAGAAUCUUUACUCCCGUCUGGGUUCCUCCUGCUGCCGCUGGGGCCCCUCGGGUCGUCUGACUGAACCAGAACCAGAACCAGAACUCUUUUGAACCGGAUCAGCUGCAGAUCCACUCAGAUGAAGCGGAUCCCACAUUCUUAAUGAAAGAACCAGAACCGUUCACAGAUCUGGUUCUGUUCUGGUUCCAGACAAAAAAACCAAACCUGAAGGAAGAUGUUCUGACCCGGUUCCUCGCUUCAUAUGCUGGACAGAACCCAGAAUCUGAGGAACCAUCAGAGGAACUCAUCGCCUGCUCCUCCUGGACACCAGAACCCUGAUUUUACGGAGCUGGCGGUUUGGACCUGGGUUCUGUGGUUCUGACACCAUCAUCAGAACACCUUUAAACAGAACAAUCGGUCCAAUCAAACGGACGAGCAGGACCCGGGCCUCAGCGCCACCAGGUGGCAGCAGAGACCCGGUCCAGUUUGUGUUUACAGCCCAGCGGGACCAGAACCAGGCUCCUCGUCAGUGGACUGGGUUCUGCUGGUACCUCUGUCUGAUGGGUCACAGAGGUACCAGCAGAACCGAACUGGGUCGGUCACCAUAAAGUCCGAAGAGUCACUCCAGCAGCCUUCAUCCUGGCCAGCUCGUCUUCAUCAGGACACUACAGAACCUCCACAGAACUCUGCAGGUUCUGGUUCCCUGUAAAUUGUAAAUAAGCGGGUCAGAACCCCUCAUAUUGGACCUCAGUACUGUCUGUGUGCUGUUUGUGUUGUAAAUAAAGUUGGACCUGCAGAACCAGAAGCCAUACAGCCGCACUUUGCUUUCAGACGGAACCAGAACCCCGGUUCUGGUCGUGUGUUCGGGUUCGUGGCGGCCCGAUGUCCGUCCGGCGCUGUACAUACGUCACGUUCUGUGAGGAUCCGAUUUGUGACUCGGAACCGGGUUUUGUUGCUGAAGCUUAGAGGCAAAAAUAAAAAUCUGAACCUGAAGCAAA